UGAAACGACUGCUCAGAGCAAGGAGAGAGGAGCCUAAGGUCAGCAGAGGACUUGGACGAGGCACCCUGCCUGGCUCCCUCGAAUUCUAGAAGCCAUGGGACAGCAGUUCAGCUGGGAGGAGGCGGAGGCUUCCGGGGAGAUGGAUGUGGCAGAGCUGCAGGAGUGGUACAAGAAGUUUGUCGUGGAGUGUCCCAGCGGGACGCUCUUCAUGCACGAGUUCAAGCGCUUCUUCAAGGUCACUGGUAAUGAGGAGGCCACCCAGUAUGUGGAGGGCAUGUUCCGAGCCUUCGACAAGAAUGGGGACAACACCAUUGACUUCCUGGAGUAUGUGGCGGCCCUGAACCUCGUGCUGAGGGGUACCCUGGAACACAAGCUCAAGUGGACCUUCAAGAUCUACGACAAGGACCGCAAUGGCUGCAUCGACCGCCUGGAGCUACUGGACAUCGUGGAGGCAAUCUACAAGCUGAAGAAAGCCUGCCGAGCAGAGCUGGACCUGGAGCAGCAGGGCCAGCUGCUCACGCCUGAGGAGGUUGUGGACAGGAUCUUCCUCCUGGUGGAUGAGAAUGGAGACGGUCAGCUGUCUCUGACGGAGUUCAUUGAAGGCGCCCGUCGGGAUAAGUGGGUAAUGAAGAUGCUUCAGAUGGAUGUCAACCCCGGCGGCUGGAUCACUCAGCAGAGGCGGAGAAGCGCCAUGUUCUGAGAACCCGGGGACCCUGCAGGGGCCCACACUCCCCUCCAAGACGCCUCCAGGGUCCCCCAGGUUUACAACGUAGCAGGAGGCCCCCGCUUGUUGGCUCAAGCCUCCCUGUUGUGGACUUCCUGACACUCCCAGUAAGGGGAAGCAAGGGGCAAGCAGUGGCUGCUGGGGCUGAAGAAGCCCAGUGGGGUUCAGUCCAUUCUUCAGCAUUUACUAGCAUUGUAGGAGUACGUUACUCUGCUCCACGGCUGCUCCUGGAUGAACGGGGCUUUGGCUAGGAGAUGUGGGGUUCCUACUAAUCUUAAGGUGUUCUCAGAGGAAAUGGGGCAGCUGGAGGGGGGGUGGAGCAAAGACUGGUAGAACGCAGUCGGGAAAGAAAGCAAGGACAGGGAAGGAUCAUAACAACCCAGCCCUACCUUCCUGAGCACUGGCUGGGGAGGACUCUCCCCAGCUCCUCCCCAGGGUGUCCUCACCAAUGAUGAUAAAAGGGAAGGCUGCCUCUGUGAUCUUCCUCCCUUGGAGGCCUGGUGGGCUUACAGGGGAUGUUUCAGCUCUGCUUGGUGCUGCUCCCCAGUUCCUUCUCCUCAUCCCAUCUCUAGCGUGACCCGGUACCAUUCCCAGCCAUAUGCCCACGUGUCUCCUCAAGGAUGGAGACUUCUCUUCAUCUCUGAGGGGAACCUGACGUUUGAGUUUCAGGCCAGAGUUUGCCUCCCAACAGUCGUUGGACUCCCUAACCUCCUUCGGGUCCACUAGACAGUUUCCAGGUUAUCAUGUAAAUGUCCUUAAUGCACCCAACAUAGAAGCUACCAGGGAACCUCUCUGCCUUUCUCUGCCCCUUUCCAUCUCUGCGACUGGGGAAGGCACCUCACAGGAUAGGAAGUAGAACCCAUGUGUCACACUUAAUGAUGCUCUCUGGAGCCUGAUGAAUUACUGCUGUUAUCUUGACUAGACAUACACUUCAUAUUAAAAUACAAUACACU